AUGCGACCCGAUCAUGCUGGUUCACGAUAUACUCACCCGACUUCAGGCAUUGCCGCCACCUCGUCCGCCUCUCAUCCGUACCCCGUAGCCAGCCCGGCCGACUCCUACCCGACCGCCGAAAGCGACUCCGACCCUUCGCCAUCCGGUACCAACCAUCGGGACUCGGUCGGUUCAAUCGUCGACGACCCCUUCUUUCAGACAUACGAUCCAGCAGUCAAUGCCGCUGCCGCCUCGGACGGCGACUCCGACUCGGACGGGAGCUCUAUCUACCAAUCGCUAGACGACGAGGACCAGCACUGGCCGCCUCCUCGUCGAGAGUCUCUGACCGCCACACCUUCGUCGUACUGGUCGCAAUCACACACAGCCAUGGAAGCCGGCUUCAACAUUGCCAUCAUCGGUUCCACCGGUGUUGGCAAAUCCUCAUUUGUCCAGCGCGUCCUAGGUUUAUCCCGACCACCCAUCUCCAAUGCCUCUAGUGUUCGCAUGUUGGUCGACAAUAUCUCCCACGUCAUAACCCUGCUCGAGCUGGAUCUAGAGUAUUUCGAAUUAAAUCCUAGUCAACCUAUACAAUGGCCAAAGCAAAUCAACGGGCAUAUUGUACCUCGCGUCGACGCCGCGCUUAUACUAUACGAUGUUACGAAUCAUGAGUCUGUUCGAGAACUACCACAGACGCUUGCGGCUCUAACUAAUUCUGGUCUGCCAGCCAGCUUGGUGGCCUGCAAAUGCGAGACUCCGGAGGCAGAGUGGCAAGUCAACGCAGAGGCCAUGGCAAACCAUCAACUCUUUAAAUCCUGCGUUUCUACCUACAAGAUCGCAUCAGAUAACCAUGAUGUUGCAAGAACAUGCCUACACACAAUUCUGAGGGCUGCUAUAGCACAUCGAAGGGAAGAAAACGGUGAAACAGUAUCGCGCCGAAGAGCUCAGUCUGCUGCCAACUUGGAAGCUCCAGAUGUCAGCACUGGACGCCCAAUAAGCCAGCACAGCAAGCACAGCAGAGCAAGCUCCGACUUUUCUUUGCUCAAGGGAUUCUCAAACCCCCCUGUUAGCGACGGUUACAGGGCACAGGCCUCUCGCAGCCCAAGAGCUGGCCAGCAGGGGACCAGCCCAAACCCGGGCUCCGCACGCGAACUAGGAGACCCGGGUCAGGCGCAAACAGUUGGCAACAUGCUUAGGACCCCGGGCAUACGGUUGGACAGGCCCAAUACAGAUUCCUUCUUGGAUGUUGAGGAGUCGGACGCUGAAUCAUACCGCUACUCGGACGACAUUCCUAUACUGCAACGAGCAGACGACAAUAUUCUUGAAAAGCAAGCAAAGAUGGCAGGUGUCACAUUUGACGAAUUGGUCGAUCGACUUCUUGCUCCCAGGCUGUCGAGAGCAGACAGUAACUUCUCGGAUGUCUUCCUCUGUCUAUAUCGCAAGUUUGCUGCCCCCGGCGAACUCUUUUCUGCCAUCUUAACCCGACUUGACAAGGUCAGGGACGACAAGACUGCACAUUAUCUCUCCAAGACGGCGACACAGCUGCGCAUCAUUGAAGUCGUAGCCAAGUGGGUAUCAUCGUAUCCCGGUGACUUUGCACGACCGCAGACGAGGCGGAAUCUGGAGGAGUUUAUCAGACAUCUUUCCACGGAGCCGAUUUUCUCAAUCGCUGCACAACACAUGCGACGUAAUCUUCAGUUCAACGUGGUGGAAGAUGACGAUACGGGCUGGGCAAACUCUGAUGAGACCAGCGACAAGCUUGCGAGCGAGAUCUUAUCCAAGGAGAUGUCCGAGCUGUCAUCAGGCGUCAGCGUGCUGACAGUGGAAUCCGACAUGGACGGAAGACCGUCGGGAAGCUCCGAGAUCUCUCUGGCCACGGGUGGCAGCAGUUCCGGGAGCCAGGUGCACUUUAACACGUAUGACGAUUAUGAAAGAGCGGCAGCCGUCCUGGAACCCACCGACAACUUGCCGAUGAACAAGUUUCGUUAUCACAUAUUUAUGGAUAUUCCGGACGACGAUGUCGCAGACGAGCUGACUAGGAUUGACUGGAUCAUGUUCUCGUCGAUUCGAAUUCGUGAUUUCGUGCGUCAUGUCAGCUUGUCAACGGCGCAGAAGGAGAAAUGCAAGAGCUUGAGGAACGUCAACCGGAUGAUUGGCCACUUCAACCACGUUGCCAAAUGGGUUGCCAACAUGAUUCUGCUGCGAGACAAGGCUAAGCACCGAGCGCAGAUACUGGAGAAGUUUAUGAACAUUGCACUCAAGCUACGUCAGUUGAAUAAUUAUAACGGACUGGCAGCCGUCCUCGCUGGAGUUAACGGGACAGCCAUUCAUCGAUUGACCCAAACGAGAUCGUUGGUGCCGGCCGAGGUACAGAAGCGAUUUGCGCGGCUGGGAAUAUUGAUGGGGACUCAGAAGAGUCAUUUUGCAUAUCGACUGGCGUGGGAGAACUCGCCCCUUCCACGCAUCCCCUUUAUCCCUCUCCACCGGCGCGAUUUGGUGUCGGCAGAGGAAGGGAGCAAGACUUUUGUUGGCAGUGAGGGAGACCGAAUCAACUGGAAGAAGUUUGAGGUGCUCGGGGAGGUGCUACUCCCGAUCAUGAAGAGUCAGGGCACAGCGUACCCAAAUCUAUCCAAGCAUGACACAGCGAGGGAACUGAUUCUGGGUUGCCGGAUGCCGACAGAUGAAGAGGAUAUUUACCAGCGAAGUGUACAGGUGGAGAGCACCUCUGGAGGGAUUGCCGAACCGGCCAAGAAGAAGUCUGGGUUUCCCUGGUUUGCGAAAUAA